UUUUUAGCCAGCUGAUCAACGUGCUGCGCUAAUAGCCACAGAUAGAGGGCCUGCGGAUGCCCGCUAGCAGCUUGGGGUUAGUUUCUUCUGGUACCUGAGGCAGUUGGCAAGCACCUCUGAACACGGAGGGGGCAGAUAGGAUGCCUCCUCGGUUAGUACGUUAAGGGAUUCUGUUUAUGCAUCUCCAGUAAUUUUUUUUAAUGUGUGUGGUGAAACGAAAGUGGAUAAUAAUGCUUCAUCAGAAACAAGAGCAUAAUUUGUGAAUGAAUCAGUCAUCUUCAGACUUAAGAGAGCGAGCGCUGGUGGUUUGUAAAGAGAUGAGCAGAGACAAUCUUGGCACAAGGACCUACUGCAUGGACUCGCGUCGACUAAAGAUGAAACUUUAAAGAUCAGCCUCGAGUGAAAUUUGACAGAAGAUGUUCCUACAGUUUGCUGUCUGGAAGUGUUUACCCCAUGGGAUCCUCAUUGCCUCUCUCUUGGUAGUCAGCUGGGGCCAGUAUGACGAUGAUUGCAAACUAGCUAGGGGAGGACCACCAGCUACUAUCGUGGCCAUUGAUGAAGAGAGUCGAAACGGUACAAUUCUGGUGGACAACAUGUUGAUUAAGGGGACUGCCGGAGGACCAGACCCCACCAUAGAGCUCUCUUUAAAGGACAACGUGGACUACUGGGUGUUGCUGGACCCCGUUAAACAGAUGCUUUUCCUGAACAGUACCGGAAGAGUUCUGGAUAGAGACCCACCAAUGAACAUACACUCCAUUGUGGUACAAGUCCAGUGUGUCAACAAGAAGGUUGGCACAGUUAUCUAUCAUGAAGUACGCAUCGUGGUGCGAGAUCGGAAUGACAACUCCCCCACAUUCAAGCAUGAAAGCUACUAUGCCACUGUGAAUGAGCUCACUCCAGUUGGCACCACAAUAUUCACGGGGUUCUCGGGAGACAAUGGAGCUACAGACAUAGAUGAUGGCCCUAAUGGACAGAUAGAAUACGUGAUUCAGUACAACCCAGAAGAUCCGACAUCCAAUGACACCUUUGAAAUUCCACUCAUGUUGACUGGCAAUGUGGUACUGAGGAAAAGACUCAACUAUGAGGAUAAGACUCGCUACUAUGUCAUCAUCCAAGCCAAUGAUCGUGCACAAAAUCUGAAUGAGAGGCGAACAACCACCACCACCCUCACAGUAGAUGUUCUAGAUGGAGAUGACCUGGGACCUAUGUUUCUGCCCUGUGUUCUUGUGCCAAACACACGUGACUGCCGUCCACUCACCUACCAAGCUGCCAUUCCUGAACUGAGGACUCCGGAAGAACUGAACCCUAUUUUGGUGACACCACCUAUCCAAGCCAUUGAUCAGGACCGAAACAUCCAACCACCAUCUGAUCGACCUGGCAUCCUCUACUCCAUCCUUGUCGGCACCCCUGAGGAUUACCCCCGCUUCUUCCAUAUGCAUCCCAGGACUGCAGAACUCACUCUCCUGGAACCAGUAAACAGAGACUUCCAUCAAAAAUUUGAUUUGGUUAUUAAGGCUGAGCAGGACAAUGGCCACCCACUUCCUGCCUUUGCUAGUCUGCACAUCGAAAUACUAGACGAAAACAAUCAGAGUCCAUACUUCACAAUGCCCAGCUAUCAAGGAUACAUCCUGGAAUCCGCCCCAGUGGGAGCCACCAUUUCCGAGAGCCUAAACUUAACCACUCCUCUGAGAAUUGUAGCUCUGGACAAAGACAUAGAAGACACAAAAGAUCCAGAGCUCCACCUCUUCCUGAAUGAUUACACCUCGGUCUUCACUGUGACACCCACUGGUAUCACCCGCUACCUCACCCUGCUUCAACCUGUGGACAGGGAGGAACAGCAAACCUACACCUUUCUGAUAACAGCGUUUGAUGGCGUGCAAGAAAGUGAGCCAGUCAUGGUCAAUAUCCGAGUGAUGGAUGCAAAUGAUAACACGCCAACCUUCCCUGAAAUCUCCUAUGAUGUCUAUGUUUACACAGACAUGAGUCCUGGGGACAGUGUCAUUCAGCUGACAGCGGUAGAUGCUGAUGAAGGCUCUAAUGGGGAGAUCUCCUAUGAAAUCCUGGUGGGGGGCAAGGGAGACUUCGUGAUCAACAAGACCACAGGGCUGGUGAGCAUUGCAGCAGGCGUGGAGCUGAUCGUGGGACAGACGUAUGCGCUCACAGUGCAGGCUUCGGACAACGCCCCGCCUGCAGAGAGAAGGCACUCCAUCUGCACAGUGUACAUCGAGGUGCUACCUCCCAACAACCAGAGCCCUCCCCGCUUCCCGCAGCUGAUGUACAGUCUGGAAGUCAGCGAAGCCAUGAGGAUCGGUGCUAUUUUAUUAAAUCUACAGGCAACUGAUCGAGAGGGAGACCCAAUCACAUAUGCCAUCGAGAAUGGAGACCCUCAGAGAGUUUUUAAUCUUUCAGAAACCACAGGGAUUCUCAGCCUAGGGAAGGCUCUAGACCGCGAGAGCACAGACCGCUACAUCCUCAUCGUCACAGCCUCAGAUGGCAGACCAGAUGGAACCUCAACUGCCACUGUGAACAUAGUGGUGACGGACGUCAAUGACAACGCUCCCGUGUUCGAUCCCUAUCUGCCCAGGAACCUCUCUGUUGUGGAGGAAGAGGCCAAUGCCUUUGUGGGUCAAGUCAGGGCAACAGACCCAGAUGCUGGGAUAAACGGCCAAGUUCACUACAGCCUGGGGAACUUCAACAACCUCUUCCGCAUCACAUCCAACGGGAGCAUUUACACAGCGGUGAAGCUGAACAGGGAAGCCAGGGACCACUAUGAACUGGUUGUUGUGGCAACAGAUGGAGCAGUCCACCCUCGACAUUCAACUCUGACACUGUACAUCAAGGUGUUGGACAUUGAUGAUAACAGUCCUGUUUUUACCAAUUCAACGUACACAGUUGUCGUUGAAGAGAAUCUGCCAGCCGGGACCUCCUUUCUUCAAAUAGAGGCCAAGGACGUUGACCUUGGAGCCAAUGUGUCAUAUCGGAUCAGAAGCCCGGAAGUGAAACACCUUUUUGCACUGCAUCCAUUCACGGGAGAAUUGUCUCUUCUGAGGAGUUUGGAUUAUGAGGCCUUCCCCGACCAGGAGGCAAGCAUCACAUUCUUGGUGGAGGCCUUUGACAUUUAUGGGACGAUGCCACCUGGUAUAGCAACAGUCACGGUAAUUGUGAAGGACAUGAAUGACUACCCUCCAGUGUUUAGCAAACGCAUCUACAAGGGGAUGGUGGCUCCAGAUGCAGUCAAGGGGACACCAAUCACCACCGUUUAUGCUGAAGAUGCUGACCCUCCUGGGAUGCCUGCGAGUCGGGUGAGGUACCGAGUGGACGACGUGCAGUUUCCAUACCCAGCCAGUAUUUUUGACGUAGAGGAAGAUUCUGGGAGAGUAGUAACCCGCGUCAAUCUUAAUGAAGAGCCUACAACGAUUUUCAAGCUGGUGGUUGUGGCUUUUGAUGACGGAGAACCUGUGAUGUCCAGCAGUGCCACCGUGAGAAUUCUUGUCUUACAUCCCGGAGAGAUCCCACGCUUCACCCAAGAGGAAUACAGACCUCCUCCUGUAAGUGAGCUUGCGGCCAGAGGGACUGUAGUUGGUGUCAUUUCUGCUGCUGCCAUCAAUCAGAGCAUCGUGUACUCCAUUGUAGCAGGAAAUGAGGAAGACAAGUUUGGAAUCAACAAUGUCACUGGGGUCAUCUAUGUGAAUUCACCGUUGGAUUACGAGACAAGGACCAGCUAUGUGCUCCGGGUACAAGCAGAUUCUCUGGAAGUGGUCCUUGCCAAUCUCCGAGUCCCUUCAAAAAGCAAUACAGCUAAGGUGUACAUUGAGAUUCAGGAUGAAAACGAUCACCCCCCAGUGUUCCAGAAGAAAUUCUACAUUGGAGGUGUGUCUGAAGAUGCAAGGAUGUUCGCAUCUGUGCUCAGAGUGAAGGCCACCGACAGGGACACGGGUAAUUACAGUGCCAUGGCCUACCGGCUCAUCAUACCGCCGAUUAAAGAGGGCAAAGAGGGGUUUGUCGUGGAAACAUACACAGGACUCAUCAAGACAGCCAUGCUCUUCCACAAUAUGAGAAGAUCCUACUUCAAGUUUCAAGUGAUUGCGACUGACGACUAUGGGAAGGGGUUGAGCGGGAAAGCAGACGUACUGGUCUCCGUGGUCAAUCAACUGGAUAUGCAGGUCAUUGUCUCCAAUGUGCCCCCUACACUAGUGGAAAAGAAGAUAGAAGACCUUACAGAGAUUUUGGAUCGCUACGUGCAGGAGCAAAUUCCUGGUGCCAAGGUUGUGGUGGAGUCCAUAGGUGCCCGUCGCCAUGGAGACGCCUACUCCCUAGAAGACUAUAGCAAGUGCGACCUGACUGUCUAUGCCAUCGACCCGCAGACCAACAGAGCCAUCGACAGAAAUGAGCUUUUUAAGUUCCUGGACGGCAAACUGCUCGAUAUCAAUAAAGACUUCCAGCCGUAUUACGGGGAAGGAGGGCGCAUUCUGGAGAUCCGGACGCCUGAGGCAGUGACGAGCAUCAAGAAGCGAGGAGAAAGCUUGGGGUACACAGAAGGGGCCUUGCUGGCCUUGGCCUUCAUCAUCAUCCUCUGCUGCAUCCCAGCCAUCUUGGUCGUCUUAGUAAGCUACCGACAGUUUAAAGUACGCCAGGCUGAGUGCACGAAGACCGCAAGAAUUCAGUCUGCUAUGCCUGCAGCCAAGCCUGCAGCUCCUGUACCAGCUGUGCCUGCGCCGCCCCCGCCACCACCACCACCACCCCCAGGAGCACAUCUCUAUGAAGAACUUGGAGAGAGCGCAAUGCAUAAUCUUUUCCUUCUCUACCAUUUUGAACAAAGCAGGGGAAAUAACUCAGUCCCAGAAGACAGGAGCAGUCAUCGCGAUGGGAUGGCCUUUUCCUCCAGUACUACUGAGUCUCAUGAGCCAGCUCAUGUAGAGGGACCACUUAAGGAGAGCCAGCCUAACCCAGCAAGGACGUUCUCAUUUCUUCCUGAUGAGGAUAACUUAAGUACCCAUAAUCCCCUUUACAUGGAAAGUAUAGGUCAAAGGUCAACAAACUCAGACCUUCAGCCACGAACAGAUUUUGAAGAGCUGUUGGCACCCAGAACACAAGUUAAGAGUCAGUCUCUGAGGGGCCCAAGAGAAAAGAUUCAGAGGGUGUGGAAUCAAUCUGUGAGCUUUCCUAGGCGGCUCAUGUGGAAAGCCCCAAACAGGCCAGAGACCAUAGACCUGGUGGAGUGGCAGAUCACCAGGCAGAGAGCUGAAUGCGAAAGCGCCAGAUGCCACCCAAGCCAGAGAGGUAGCAGCAACGUUCUGCUGGCAACUGAAGAUGCCCACGAGUCAGAGAAAGAAGGGGGACACAGAGACACCCUAAUCGUCCAGCAAACAGAGCAGCUGAAAUCUCUGUCUUCUGGCUCUUCUUUUUCCUCCUCUUGGUCUCACUUUUCUUUCUCAACUCUACCAACGAUUUCCAGAGCGGUGGAACUCGGGUCGGAACCUAACGCGGUCACUUCUCCUGCUGACUGCACCUUGGAACUUUCUCCUCCUCCGAGACCCUGUGUUUUAAACUCCUUAAGCUCUAAGAGAGAGACUCCCACGUGUGCAUCAGAAACAGAACCAAAAAGGAACUCUUUUGAGAUCGCUCCCCAUCCACCUAGCAUCUCUGCUCCCCUCCCACAUAUGCCUCUUCCUAGACCUCCCAUUGCCUUUACCACUUUUCCUCUUCCCCUUUCUCCCCCUAACCCUCCUCCCCCACAACUUCUUACAUUUUCUCUUCCCAUUUCUACACCCCCUACUUCUUCUCUACCUCCUCCUCCUCCUCGGCCACCAGCUCCCCGCCUCUUCCCACAGCCUCCUUCCACGUCCAUUCCAUCCACAGACAGCAUCUCUGCACCAACUGCUAAAUGCACUGCCAGUGCCACACAUGCCAGAGAAACCACGUCUACGACACAGCCACCAGCAUCCAACCCGCAGUGGGAGGCAGAACCCCACAGACAUCCAAAAGGGAUCCUCAGACAUGUAAAAAACUUGGCGGAGCUCGAGAAAUCGGUGUCUAACAUGUACAGUCACAUAGAAAAAAACUGCCCACCUGCAGAUCCCUCAAAACUACACACGUUUUGCCCUGCAGAGAAAACAGGCAUGAAAAUCACACAUGACCAGAGCCAGGAAACGUUGGUUAGAGUUGUUGAGGGAAUUGACGUGCAACCUCACAGUCAAUCAACAUCUUUGUAACGAUGCUUCUCCAAUUUUAACUGGGCGAUUCUUUUCUUGGUCGUAACCCUCAAAGUGGAGCACGAGAAUUUUGAACGUCACAGAAGAGUCCACUGUUUUUUAUCCCAAACUCAAUGCAAUGCCUUUUUCUUCCACACUUUUAAUUUCAAUUAACAUCACCGUCACUAACUCAUAGAGUAGAUUGACCUUAAUUUUCUUAACUUCAAGGUAGCAUUAUUUGUCCUACAUUUAUUUUAAAAGUAAGUAACUUUAUCUGUUUUUAACGGGGAGAUUUGGGCAUGAAAAGUACUGAUCCAACUAAAACCAAAGGCGUGUUGACCUUGUUGACCUUGUUGAUGGGUGAUGUUAUUCUUUUCUCUUUAGUUUUUGACCACGGUUUUAUAUGAAUGUUCUAGCUGGGGGUAACAGAAAAACAGGGUGCUAGUAAGCCAUAAUGCUCUCUCUUUGGCUUGUUAUUUCCUUGAAAGUCUAUGUAUUUGGUAAAAGGAAAUGUUUCACAGGUAAAAUGAUCCUUAGAAUUGUAGGGAAUGGCAGACAGCAGGGAUUUAAAAGGCAAUCUCAGGUGCUUUACUAUGUAGUUAUCAGUUUUCUUAUGAUACCCUCCAUUCCGGAUUGUUUUGAUCUUUUUAGUAGGCUUUCAGAUGAGAAAUCUCUCCCAUUUUUUUCAGUUGCUGUUAUGUUUCUUUAUCUUGAUGCUUUAUGAUGAAAAUAAAUCUCAUGCCGCUGACUUUUGUAAGACAUCUUAAUUUUUUUUAAUCAAAGGUGCCUAAAAUGCUAUUUAAUUUAACCUUUUCCCAUUAUAAAAAUCACCUCCUUCUUUAUAAUUUUAUGGUUCUACUUUCCAAGAAGACAUUCUUUGAUAUCCAAUUUAUUUAAUAAAUAAAAUAAAAAUUACUUUUAAAUGAAGAGAUACUAUUCUUGGUGCCUUAUCACCUGUAUGCUCAGAGGUUUGUUCUUUGUUUUAGGCAGAAGAGAAAGAUUUAUCCUAUGGGAACAAAGUCCCAUGGUUGCAGUAGUUGUGAAAAUAUCCCUGAGCUCAAUGGAUUGAAUUCUGGGGAAUUAUAGCUAAGCUAAGCACCACUGUCUUCACGAAGCAUACACAUUCUCUUUUAAGUUAUACUGACAUACACGGGUAUAUGAUGUAUUAUAUGUAAACAUCAAGUAACAAUAUUUUGUUUUUCCCAUAAAACACAUUGAAUAAAAUUGAACUACUAGAAAUUCUUACGUUUGAGACAAAUUCUACUAUUUGUUGAACUCUAGAAUUGAACUAUUUGAGAAAAUGUAAACCUGCAUAUUCCGUGAGAACAGCUGAGACAACUAACCUCAGCUUCUAUUACAAGGAAAUCACAGAGGUUUUCCUAAACUAUCCCAGCCACAGUGAAACAUGGCUUUACUUCUGUGUGUCCACAAAGGCUGAGAACCCCACAGUACCAUCAUCUCUAAGAAGGUUUUGGGCUCUUAAAAUUUGACACAGCCCUUCAAUCAUUUAAUGUUCAUGCCUGAUUAACAGGAGCAGAUCAAAAGCAAUCCAAAAACCUACUUACCCUCCGCAGCAGCCCAUCUGCUUCAGAUAUCUUUCCUCCACAUCAAAAGUCAUUUAUUUCCUGGGAUUCUUGUAUGUGUUUUGUGUUGUUUUGUUUUGUUUUCCCUCUUUUCACUGAAAAGCUUCCCUUGGAGUGUUCGUUGGCAGCUGGUCAUAUGCCUGAGAACUUGUGCUGUAUGGUGGAUUCUAACAGGGUCUUGCUGAUAGUUAAACUGUCUUUUACAUGAGUCCUAUAAAGGUUGUUUAAAAAUAUAACCCCUCACGCUUCUUGUCUCUCCAGUGCUACAAGCUCACAUGUCUGUGUGAAAAAUCAUUCUUUCCUCUGCAUUUGUUAAGGUCUGCUCAGUGUAUAAGGAAUGGUUAGAGGGAUUAUUUAGAAUUCAAAGAGAACAUUUAUUAUGCCAUUGUCGUUGCUAAGACAAUGUAGAUGUAUACAGACAUAGGAUCUAAAAAUGAAUAAUUGCUACACACGAGGUAGUAGAAUUACAUGAAAAGAUGCAUUGAUAUUAUUUGAUUGAUUUUAUCAUUAUCAACAUUCAUGAUUUGAAAGGACAGAUAAUUAUGAAUAUUGAUGUUAUAUAAAUAUACCUCUUCUAGGUAAGUGUCUGACUUUGAGCUCAAAUAGCAGUAUAGUUACCCAAUGUAAACACAAGAGCAUGUGUGUAUAUGUGUAUGUGCAUAUGUAUGUGUGUGUGUGUGUGUAUAAAACUAAUUUUGAAAGAGCAUCUUACUCUUGUUACCUUGAACUCAUAACCCACAAUAGCUUCAAACUCACUAUGUGGUCCACUCUGACCAAGUUUCCUGUCUCUGCCUCCUAAAUGCUGGGAUUAUAAACAUGAGCCUCUAAGCCCAAAUAUUAAAAUUUUUCAAAUUUAAUAAAAGGGGGAAAUUGAGAUAUCCUAGAAAACAAACUUUGUCGAGCUAUUUUACCUGAUUUGUGUGGCUCAUCAAUGUUGUGACCCUUUAACAUAGUUUCUCAUAUUGGGGUGACUUCCCCGCCAGCCAUAAAAUUAUUUUGCUGCUCCUUCAUGACUGUAAGCUUGUGCUGUUGUGAAUUGUAAGGUUUGGAUUAUUAUGAACCUGAUAGGCAACUCUGUGGGAGCUGCAAUUCACAGGUCGAGAACCACUGCUGCCAAGCUAUAGGUGCAUGCUCUGCAAAGACACGUUUGUUGUCCUUAAAAAGCCAUGCCUUUAACUCAGUGACAUAUCUACAUCACAGCUGAAUCCAACAAGAUAAAUAAUAUCAGCCUAAUGAUUAAACACACAGAAAAUAAAGAAAAAUCUCAUGAUCAAUGGCAACCCAAACUGUUACACUUUCUUGUCCCUCCCAAGUGCAGACAAACAUUGCACCACUUGUGGUCUGUGAACUUUACGUACCUUUGUAUAGUUCUGAGUACUUGGAAGUUGAGAAGGUUUUUAAAAGUAAUUGA